AAAUCAAGAGAAAGUAUAAAAGAAAUUAUUGGGAAGCUUUGUGUUUAGAUAUUAACAUAGAAAGUACAGGGAAAGGCAGAAGUAUGAAGCUGUCAAGAACAAUAGGAUUGUUCCAUGGAAAUAUCUUCUUAUAUAGUGCCAUCAUAGGAGCAGGAAUAUUUGUAUCUCCUAAGGGGGUACUGAAGUACUCCUCGCUGAACAUUCCUAUCUCCCUAAGUAUCUGGGCCCUUUGUGGCAUAUUGAACAUGAUCAGUGGCCUCUGUAGUACAGAGAUAGGGACCACCUUCCCUAGAAGUGCAGCAUUUUAUUUUCUCCUUAAAAGAUCUCUUGGGGCUACUGUUGCUUUCCUUUAUAUUUGGAUCAAACUUUUUGCUUAUUUCAUAGGACUAGCUGCACCAAGCUUAUUAGUAGCAAGCUAUCUAAUUCAGCCUUUCUAUCCUGGAUGCUCACCUCCAGAGCUACCAAAGAAAUGCCUAGCUUUGGCCAUUUUGUGGUCUUUGGGACUUCUGAAUAUUCAGGGGUUGAAAACAGUGUCCUGGUUUCAAACUAUCAGUGCUUUGAUGAAGAUGACUAUUCUCUGCUUCAUUUCUCUGACUGGGAUUGUGCUGUUAGUGAGUGGGAAAAAGGAGAAUGUGUCCAGGUUUCAGAACAAUUUGGAUGCUGAAUUUCCUGAUGCCUCACAAAUUGCAGAAGCCUUUCUCCAAGGACUCUAUGCAUACAAGGGAAGCACUCUACUGAUCAACAUGGCAGGAGAGGUGAAAAACCCUGCUCACACACUUCCCAGAUCUCUGAUUUCUGCUGCGUCCGUUGUGACUGUGAUAUACUUAUUGACAAAUAUAUCCUUCCUGACAGUUUUGACACCAAAGGAAAUCAUCUCUUCAGAUACUGUUGCUGUCUCAUGGAUGGACAGAGUAUUCCCUUCCAUGCAAUGGAUCAUUUCUCUGGGGAUUUCAGCUUCAAUAAUUGACACGAUGUCCUGUGCAAUACUUUCAGGAUCAAGAACUAUCUAUGCUGCAAGCCAGGAAGGACAAUUGCCUCGGAUCUACUCUAUGCUCAAUAAGCAUCACUCUCCAGCUUUAGCUGUGAUGCAGUUAAUCUUUGCAUCUUCCAUUGCUGUUAUGCAUUCAAAUUUGAUCAAUUUAAUAAAAUAUAUGGGAUUAGCAUCGUGGUUUCUAAAUGGGCUAAAUAUGGUUGCUUUACUUACAUUAAGGUACCGGAAUCCAGAUCUACCAAGACCUUACAAGGUUUGGCUGCCAAUGAUAUUUGCAUCUUUAGCUUCAUCUGUCUUUCUAAUUUUUAUGCCAAUCAUUAGAUCUCCUAAAAUGGAGUAUAUUUAUCACGCUGUCUUUCUUUUCCUUGGAGUUCUGUGUUAUUGCCUUCAUGUUCACCUUAAUCAACUUUCUGUCUUUUCUGAGAAAAUCACUUGUUAUUUACAAUUAUUAUUUAAUGCCUCACCUUCAGAAGAUGAUGAAAUUUGUACUUGCAGAGAAAAAAAGUAUUACAAAUAAAUGUUUGUGUAAAAAAG